GUCCGGGAACAGUCGGGCCCCGAGCGUCCUCUCUCCCAGCGCUCUCACCUCCACUCCAUCAGUCUGAAGGAGGGUCCCCACCCGACUCUUACCAAUCUCCAUUCCCCUCCACACAACCACCAAGGCACCGUGGAACCACUGCUGCCCCGACCCGCUGAGUUCCUCCAGCACUUUGGUUUCAGCUCAAGGUUUCAGCUGUUGCCGUUUUCCGUGGUUGUGAAGGUCGGUGGGCGACGAGGAGACUGCGGUGCGGGCAAGUGAAGGAUUGAGAUCGCCACUGAUAGCUACUUCCACAAGCAGAAAGGAGAGGAGUGCAGCAACGCAGUGCCGCACAGAACCACCAGAUCUUAAAGAUGAAUUAUUACACUGAGAUAAUGGCUGGAAGCUGCACUUCCUACCCUCAGCUUUACAUGGGACAGAUGAAGCAACUCCCUGUAGAGGCGAGUGAGAUCACAUCUACAAUUGGAUUUCCUGAUAACUGCUACCAGCAGAGAUUUUACUGGCAACAGCAGGGCGAGCUUGCAGCACAAGAAGUACCAACUGGACACGAGUAUUGCGCGCCAGAUGUGGAAUGUGGGGAUAUACCGUUACUGACUCCCAGCAGCAACAAGAUGAUGUCUCAAGCCCUGAAGGCCACGUUUAGUGAAUUCACCAGAGAGCAGGAGAGACUGGGAAUACCAAAAGACCCUCGAGAAUGGCAGGACGAACAUGUCAGUCACUGGUUGGCCUGGGCCGUCAACGAAUUCAGCCUGAAGAACGUGGACUUCCAUCAGUUCCGCAUGGACGGGGCCACUCUGUGCGCCUUGGGCAUGGACAGCUUCCUCGAACUGGCGCCCGACUUUGUGGGCGACAUCUUGUGGGAACAUCUGGAGCAGCUUCAGAAAGAAUGCCAGGAGGAUAUAAAGCCCUUUGCGGUGAAUGGAGUGGUUUCCAAUUACACGGAGAACAGCCUCUUCUCUGCCUAUUCUAUGGGCUACGGCAUUGAGCAUGCCCAGUGUGUCCCUCCGUCAGAGUACUCCGACCCAGGCUUCAUCACCGAGUCCUACCAAACCCUGCACCCCAUCAGCUCAGAGGAACUGCUCUCGCUCAAGUACGAGGUGGACUAUCAGGCCGUCAUCAGCCGGGAUGCUCCCGCAGACUCGCUGCAGUCCGAGUAUUACGUCAAGCAAGAGGUGGUGUCACCCGACAACAUGUGUGUGGGCCGCAUCAGCCGAGGUAAGCUUGCUGGUCAGGACUCCUUUGAAAGCAUUGACAGUUUUGACAGCUGGGACCAUUUAGCACAGUCCUGGAGCAGCCAAAGCUCGUUCAACAGCCUCCAACGGGUGCCGAGCUAUGACAGCUUUGACUCGGAGGAUUAUUCUAGCAACCUGCCCCAUCACAAGCCCAAAGGAACGUUCAAAGACUACGUGCGAGAACGAACCGACCUAAACAAGGACAAGCCAGUGAUCCCUGCGGCUGCCCUGGCUGGCUACACAGGCAGUGGACCCAUCCAAUUGUGGCAGUUCCUGUUGGAGCUCCUGACGGACAAGUCUUGCCAGUCGUUUAUCAGCUGGACGGGAGACGGCUGGGAAUUCAAGCUGGCAGAUCCCGAUGAGGUUGCCAGGCGCUGGGGGAAGAGGAAGAAUAAACCAAAGAUGAACUACGAGAAGCUGAGCCGCGGCCUACGCUAUUACUAUGACAAGAACAUAAUUCACAAAACAGCGGGCAAACGCUACGUAUACCGGUUUGUUUGUGACCUCCAGAGCCUGCUGGGCUACACCCCAGAGGAGCUUCACGCCAUGCUGGAUGUCAAACCAGACGCUGAUGAGUAAGGAGCAGCCACGUAUGGACUGGACUGCGGACUCUAUAAUCCGUGCUCACUCCCAAGACUUGUAUAUGAUUUGUUUGCUUCAGCUUGGUAUAGACAGUCAAGAUACAUCGCUUUGAAGACGGGCGUUGAGGAACAAUGCGCAACGCCACAAAAGACAAACAAAACCAGUCGUUUCUCCUUUCCAAAAAAAAAUUAUUUUACUUGUUUUUGGUUUUGUAAACUCUUUGUUUAAAAUCCUGCCUUAAUAUUACAAGGUGGACAGAGCAAGGAUUGUGUUAACAUGAAGCAUUGUGGGAUAUGGAACAGGCACUAUCACCACGGCAACAUCAUUACCACCGUUGGGCAGCUGCCAUUGUUGGCAGGCCAUUGCCGUCAAUGGCCUUGGCCAUGUUGGUGGACCGUGACUGGUGUUGCGGCUAGUUUACCGUGUUCCUUACGCGCCAGUAUUUUUGCCUUAGGUUGGCCUCAAUAUUUGCAGUAUUGUAUAAGCCAUUGCCAGCUGCUUGGAUGAAGUGUUAAAAGAUCUAUAGAUCAUGUCAAGACACUCGAUGAAGAGCCGGAAAGCGGUUUGUAACCGAAUGAUGUGCCAAAAAAACCCAUCUCUUAAAGCCAAGCCAGCUGGAAUCUGUGUUUUGCUAUUUGUCUAGUGUGACAAUCAACGAGGUUCAUUAUAUCAUAGAGUCAUAGAGUGAUACAAUGUGGUAACGGGCCCUUUGGCCCAACUUGCCAAAAACUGGCCAGCAUGUCCCAGCGACACUAGCCCCACCUGCCUGCAUUUGGCCCAUAUCCCUCCAAACCUGUCCUAUCCAUGUACCUAUCUAACUGUUUCUUAAAUGUUGGGAUAGUCCCAGCCUCAACUACCUCCUGUGGCAGCUUAUUCCAUACACCCAGCACCCCUAGUAUGAAAAAGUUACCUCUCAGAUUCCCCUUCACCUUAAACCUAUCAGUUAUUAUUUUUCAUAUAGGGGAUUCGUCAUCCAAAGUUGAGAAGGAUCGACCCUGAACCACUAAUACUAUGGUCCACUUCAAAGACCUGGUAUGUCACGGCCUAUCUCCCAGUCUCACCCCUCUGAAGCCUUUAUAAAGUAUUUAUCUCACUGUUCCCGACUAUAACUGCCCAUUAUGAAAGUGUGCAACGCCAUCAUUUGUUGGGACAGUACCUGUAAAAAUCUAAUCAAAAAGUAGUGGUCACAGUAUUAUUGCAGGAAGGUGAAAAGAGACGAGGAAAGAUUGGGAUCAGUUUUUAAAUCUAGUAAAAUUCACCACAUUCGCAUGCCAUCAGAGAAGUGGAAUUAAGGACGGAGAUAUUCCUCAGGCCAUCUCUAAGCUCCGCAGCCUUGCAGGUGAAGUACGUUGAGACGCUCUUUCUAAUCUGCAGGGACAAUAGAGGUUGCCUUGAAUGAAUGGACAUUUUAACCCUGAAAUCUGAAGAAUUCUGGUCUGAAGAAGGUUCUCGACCCAAAACGUCACCUAUUCCUUUUCUCCAGAGAUGCCGCCUGACCUGCUGAAUUACUCCAACUUUUUGUGUCUUAUCUUCAGUUUCAACCCUUCAAACUGCUCAUAGUGGAAGAGGCAGACUGAAAAUCUGUUUGUCGAGUUGACUGAAGUUGAGGAGAAACUCCGUUGUUGAGGCUAUGCAAGGACCCAGACCAUUAUUUCUCAUGACCCUUCGAACCAUGAAUUCAGGAUGCUUUAUGCUCACUGUUUCUUUGCCACCUUCGACAAGGUGAAUACUGUUUUGUGCCUUCACUUCUGAAAUUUUCCACCAGAGUGUUCAGAUGGUAUUCACAGCGAGAGUUUGUUGCAAGUUUCUGUUCUCUUUUUGCAUUGUUAAAGAUGUGUUUGUAUCAGUUAUCGGUAUGUGUGAUUAUGCCAUCUGUGAGACUUCUGUGGGCAAUGUAUUCAUAGAGCCAUAGAGGGUUACAGCAUGGAAACAGGCCCUUUGGCCCAACUUGCCCACACCGGCCACAUGUCCCAGCUACACUAGUCCCGCCUGCCUGCCUGCCUUUGGCCCAUGUCCCUCCAAACUUGUCCUAUCCAUGUACAUGUCUAAUUGUUUCUUAAAUGUUGGGAUAGUCCCAGCCUUAACUACCUCCUCUGGCAGCUUGUCCCAUACACCCACCACCCUUCGUGUGAAAAUGUUACAGCUCAGAUUCCUAUUAAAUCUUUUCCCCUUCACCUUAAACCUAUGUCAUCUGGUCCCCGAUUCACCUACUACUACACCUAGGGCAAGAGACUCUGUGCAUCUACACAAUCUAUUCUUCUCAUGAUUUUAUAUACCUUGAUAAGAUCACCCCUCAUCCUCCUGCGCUCCAAGGAAUGGAGUCCCAACCUACUCAACCUCUCCCUAUAGUUUAGACCCUCUAGUCCUGGCAACAUCCUCGUAAAUCUUCUCUGUACCCUUUCCAGCUUGACAACAUCUUUCCUAUAACACGGUGACCCCAACUGAACACAAUACUCUAAAUGUGGCCUUACCAACGCCUUAAUCGACUGCGUUUCUCUCUGACCAUGCUGAGCAUCUUCUUAGUGAAGAAGUGAGAUCUUGCAGUGUAUAAUGUCGGGAGGUUCACAUUUACUGGGUCCACAAGGCACAUCGCAUUUCCGUUGUGUGCAGCCAACUCUAUCACAAGUGGCAAUAAGCAAAUGAGUCUUGUCAGAAUAGUAAGAGCACGUGUGAGAUUCAGUACACUCUGCCAAUGAGAGAUCAUUUGUGCUCUUCAAAUAACUUUUCCCAAGGGCACCCUUUCUUCUGAGGAUUCAGGCCACAAAACAGAAAAUAGACUUGUAUUCAUAUCUCUUUCAAGCCCUCAGGCUGAGCUGUGAAAGCCUAUGCACCGCUUCAGUUGAGAAGGCAGUGUGGCAUCAUUUGUCUCCAAUCGACUGAGAAAUAAUGGCCAGAUUAUCAGUUUGUAAAGACUGGAUGCGGGCAAGCACCGAGCAGAUAUCAGUGUGCAGAUGUGUCGGAAGGAACUGCAGAUGCUGGUUUAUACCGGAGAUAAACACAAAAUGCUGGAGUGACCCAGCAGGCCAGUCAGCGUCUCUGGAGAGAAGGGAUAGGUGGCUUUUUGGGUUGGAACCCUUCUUCAGACUGAAAGAUAGAAGUGGUGGUAGGGGAACUAACCUUAACUCAAAUUGAAUAGAAGUCUCAACUCGAUUUCUCCUCCCCCCCCCCAGCCCCACUUCUACCUUUCAGUCUGAAGAAUGGUUCUGACCUGAAACUUCACCUAUUUCUUUUCUCCAGGGAUGCUGACUGACCCAUUGAGCCAUCCUAGCAUUUUGUGUCGAUCCUAUGGGUGUGCAGAUGCUGCUUCCUGCGCACAAUGAAUUCUAAUGUUCACCUUUUCCACAAAGGCUGGUAUUAUGUCGAGGCCCGUUACUAUGUAGAGAGAGGGAAAGCAGCAGCUGAGGUCGACACAGUUUUUCAGUGUGCUUGUAGCUGGCUGGUGCAGAGGUUGAUACAAACAGGCUUCCAGGUGGCCAGCUAGAUAGCACCUACCAAACUCCAUAAGCUAGAAAGACAAGGGCAGCAAAGGCCUGUGGACACCAGCAGCAGCAAGUUUCCCAACAAGCCAGCCGCACAACUCCCAUCAUGAAUCCUUCACCGUCUCUGGAUUGAAAUCCUGCAACAACCCCCUGACAAUAUUGUGGUGUACCCGACCUCAAGGACUGCAGCACUUCAAGAAGCCAAUUCACCACCAUCUUGUAUAAGACUCUAUAAAUGGUGAGGAUGCAUUUAGAUUAAUGUGUUCAGUUCUUGGCACCAUGUUGGCAAGCUGGAAAGGGUAUUGAGGAUUACAAGGCAGCGUGGGACAGGAACUUAUGUAAAUGCAGAUGCAGCCUGGAACUAUAUAUCCCUUUGAUGAAUAUUUUUUUUAAAGUGCCUUCUGUUAUUUUCCUUCAAAGCAAAGUGAGGAGAGAGAACAUCACUGAAUCGUAGGCCCAGGAGGAGUGAGGCUUUGACUGAUGGCCAGAGGUGUAUAGAGCAGUACAUCGUACCUGAGAGAUGUAGGAAUCCCAGCUGCAAAUGCCCUAAAAUUAAACAUCCUGACAGAGGUUGAGAGGAAGCUCACAAUGUGUCUGCUUUCUGUGGAUGUUUAAGAUGGCUGAGUUCUUGAUUAAGAAUAGCGGGGGAUAAUACGACAUUUAGGAUGAUUAUUAGACAGUGAGCGGGAACCGAAGUCUGAGAAGUGUUUCUAGAGUAUAAGCACAGUUAAGAGAUGCAUCGUAUGACCAAAGCCUCCUCAAUAAGGGGCGGAGUACAGUCGAUCCAACCAGACUUGUAUCUCUCUCUGCAGGUAUGAGCAAACUAUGUGAUAUGUUGCAAGUUUCAUGAAAGUUCGAGGGAUGAUCUUCACACAUACUGUACUGCGUAAAUCCAAAAGCACUGCGAUGGCACAGAUGGCAAUGCUGUUAGAACUGCUACCUCACAGUGCCCGAGACCCUGGUUCGAUCCCGACCUCGGGCGUUGUCUGUAUGGAGUUUGCACGUUGCCCCUGUGACCAUCUAGGUGCUCCGGUUUCCUCCCACGUCCCUAAGACAGGCUCGUUUGUAGACUAAUUAGCCUCUGUAAAUUGGCCUAGGUGUGCAGGGAGUGAAUGCAACAGUGGGAUAACAUAGAACUAAUGUGAACGAGCGAUCAAUGGACUCGAUGGGCCGAAGGGCUGUAUCUUUCGAUCCAUCAAGAAACAUUGCUUCAGAUGUGUUGUCACCGAUAUUGCUCGAUCAUAGAUCCCUUUGGCUCUGAAUUUUGUAAUCAACGUGAAUGGCCUCGACAAAAUAAAUGAUUACUUUCUGCAGGUUCAAAGUCUAAAAUAGUUGAUAUAAUAAAAGAGGUUUUUAUGUAUUUUGUUUAAAACAUAUUUUUUAGCUUUUUUUAAGAAUAAUUUAUAUUUUUUAAAAGAACAAAAAAGCAAAGAAAGCUGGUGCUUUGGAACUAAACUAAAGUAGCUUAGAGAUGUAGCGAUCUCAUCGGGGCGGAGCGAAGAUUCCUAUAAAUGUAGUUGUUGAUGCUGGCACAUCAUAUUGUUGGAGAUAUUUUAUAUGACUGUACUCUUACUGCAGUUCAAGUAUGUCACAAAUUGUGGUAAUGGUUCGUUAAACAAAGAGCUGUGAAACGUGGAUUAUUUUUGACUCCAAUGUAAUACCAGUGCCAAUGUUAUUCAAAGAGUUUUACAUCAAAAGUGUUAGAAACUACCUCUAGUAGCUCCAAUCCAAACUGCCCUCUGUGGCCUCGAGGCAGAGUACUUUGUGCUUCAAUAUCCAUUUGAGAUGGAACGUAAGACAUUAUGAUUUUAUGAAGUUUAAGAGUUAUUUCAAUUAAAAAAGUGCUUA